CUAUCCGACAGACGCGUUGGGCAUGAACUUGAAAUUUGACUUCAACUCAUCCGCAACACACAGAUCCCUCACCACGUCGUACGCCUAAAGAUGUCCGAAUUAUCCGACGAAGCCAAGCUCCAAAUCGUAGGCGGCUUCCUCAAAGAAUCUCCUCCGGGCGAAAUAAACGACGUCUUCAACGAUGUUCGGGUGCUACUCGAAGACGAAGCGUUGCUAGAGAACGGAGUGACAAGCUGCUUCCAGGAGUACAACCUCGAGCAGUUUGCGACGGUCGUACCGCCGGGUCAGCAACAUCAGGUUAUUCUGUCAAAGUAUGGACAGCUGGACGGCGAGCGCUUCGUGGACCCUCGGUCUGGGACCUCGUUUGUGGUGGACCACAUACGGCACACGGCAUCAGACGCUCAACCUGCUGACAGUCACGGCAGUUCAGAGCCAUACAGGCAAGCGUUGGACACCGCAUCGAUUGCGUACAUAGAAGACCACUACCCGGACGGCACCGCCACUGUCUACGGAGGGGAGCAGCUGGUCUUGGCGAUUGUGGAUAACAAAUAUAACCCGAACAACUUCUGGAACGGAAGAUGGCGGUCUGUGUGGAUAACGCAACCUGGAGCUACGGAAGUGACGGGAUCGUUGAAAGUGAACGUGCACUACUACGAAGACGGAAAUGUGCAGCUGACGGCCAACAAGGACAUUACGUUCUCGGUCACGGACUCGGGCGACCCACAAGCUUUCGCAAAAGCGGUCAUCAAGCAAAUCGCCAAAGCGGAAAGCGAUUUCCAAGUAGCACUGAGCGAAAAGUUUGCGGAAAUGUCUGAAUCCAUCUUCAAAGCCCUGCGACGUGCUUUACCCAUCACGCGAAGCAAGAUCAACUGGGACUCUAUUGCCACAUAUAAAGUCGGGUCGGAAAUCUCGUCCAAGUAGGGACGGAUCUACUUUGGCGCUCGUAUUGCGUCGCAUACUUGGCGCUUUUUUGUAUAAUCCUUGUGAAUAGACACAUUUGAUGUUUCGCAAUC